GAGCGGCGAGAGGCCCGGCGCGGCCCUUCGGCCCCAUGGUGGGCUUCGGGGCCAACCGGCGGGCGGGCCGCCUGCCCUCGCUGGUGCUGGCCGUGCUGCUGGUGGUGAUCGUCGCGCUGGCCUUCAACUACUGGAGCAUCUCGUCGCGCCACGUCCUGCUGCAGGAGGAGGUGGCCGAGCUGCAGAGCCAGGUGCAGAGGACCGAGGUGGCCCGCGGGCGGCUGGAGAAGCGCAACUCGGACCUGCUGCUGCUCGUCGACUCGCACAAGAAGCAGAUCGACCUCAAGGAGGCCGACUACGGCCGGCUGAGCAGCCGGCUGCAGGCCCGCGAAGGCCUGGGCAAGCGGUGCGAGGAUGACAAGGUUAAACUUCAGAACAACAUAUCAUAUCAGAUGGCAGACAUACAUCAUUUAAAAGAACAACUUGCUGAACUUCGUCAGGAGUUUCUUAGACAAGAAGAUCAGCUUCAGGAUUACAGGAAGAACAAUACUUACCUUGUAAAGAGAUUAGAAUAUGAGAGUUUUCAGUGUGGACAGCAAAUCAAGGAAUUAAGAACACAGCAUGAAGAAAAUAUUAAGAAGUUAGCUGACCAGUUUUUGCAGGAACAAAAGCAUCUGGCUCACAAAGUUCAAUCCAAAGGUGAAAUUGAAUUGGGCGUAAGCAAUUAUGCAGUACCGAACAAUAUUCAAAAACAAGCUGAAAGUGUCGCAUAUAAGAACGAAGAACCCUCAAGCAAUCAUGCUCCACAAGGGAAAGAUCAGAUCAAACGAGGUGGUGAUGCAGGAAUGCCUGGAGUAGAGGAGAAUGAUAUUGCAAAAGUUGAAGAUCUUCCCACUGCUUUAAAGAAACUCCCUAUUUCUGUUUCUCAACAUGAAAAUCAUCAAGCAGUCUCUCAUCUUCCAACUGGACAACCUCUCUCCUCAAAUUUUGUUCCAGAGUCUCAUGGAAACCCUGGAACUUCAAAACAGAACCCUUCUAAUCUUCUUCAGCAUUUAGUUCCUGGCUCAAACUUGGAAAAUGAACCAAAAAUUCAAGCAGAUAUACUAAAACAUGCUACCAGAGAUAGAGUUGGUGAUUUCCAUAAGUUGAAGCAAAGCCGAUUCUUUGAUGAGAAUGAAUCCCCUGUUGAUCCGCAACAUGGCUCUAAACUGGCGGAUUAUAAUGGGGAUGAUGGUAACGUAGGUGAGUAUGAGGCAGACAAGCAGGCUGAGCUGGCUUACAAUGAGGAAGAAGAUGGUGAUGGUGGCGAGGAAGACGUCCAAGAUGAUGAAGAACGAGAACUUCAGAUAGAUCCUGCUGAUUAUGGAAAGCAACGUUUUAAUGAUGUUCUUUAAGUCAUAAAAAAAGUUCAGAAAACCUAAAGUGCUGUAAAAUGGAGUAAUUUACACUUUGUUGUUUUUUACUUUUGUUGUAAAGAUCAAUUUUAUCAGUUGUAAAGAUACAUUGAUAGACUUAAGGAAAAAUUUAAUGAAGGAAAAUACCUGUGUAUAUAUGUGAACUUUUUCAUAUUGUAUUAUCAAGGAAGAGACUUUUUGGUUAUGAUACAGUUGAGCCAAAAAUAAAAUAAGCAAACUGUAAUCUUUGCAUUUAAAGCAAAAUGUGUAAUUUACAUUUUUCAAUCUUAAUUCUUUCCACAGAUGGACAAAAAGGAAAAUAUGGUUGUACAUUUUAUAUCUUGCACAUAGAAUACCCAGUUCCUCCACUGAAAAAAAUUUAUAUACUUAACAUAUUCUUGCUAGUCCAACAGAUGUUAUUGGUCCUCAUCUCAUGAUCUCCACGAGUUAUACCUAGAAUAGUCACAGAAACAGAACCAGGAUGCCAACAACUGGGCAAUAUGUGCAGAAUCCCUCUCCUACUUUAAUUUUACAUGAGUGUUCAUGUAUUUUGAAAGGUAAACUUUCAGGUGAGAACUAAUGGAGGAUGAGAUAACCUGCAAAGACAUAACAGUAUUUAUGAGUUAAACCUUAAGUUCCUGGAAUUGUAAAAUGCAUGAUUGAUAAUAUAUUUUUAAUUUUUUUCACAUGUCCAUACUAGAAACAGAACUGGCUAAAAUUAUAAUAUUUUUUCAGAGCUAAAGUUGACUUAAAUGCCAGAUUAAAAGAAGACUAAAUUAACUUUGAAAUGAAUCUACAAUCAAUAUUUCAAAGUUCCUCUGGUAGGUUUAGUACUUUUUUGAGUAGACUUUUGGAACUACUAAAUAAGGAGUUUUAACAGAUUUAAUCAAUGCACAGAUAAAUAGAAGUACAGUGAGUUCUACAGCCAUUUUAUUAAAAUAGCCUAAAGUUUAUAAUAAAGAUGAAGAUUCUUUGUAAUCAGUGUUAGUUAAGAACCCAUAAACCUCAUAUUUGCUAGACUUACAAAAUUAUUUCAAAAGCACUUGUCUUUUUUGACACUUCAGUAGAAUGUGUAAGCUAGCUAACCCUGUGUUCUAAUUUAAAAUAUUUUAAGUUUUAUCCAGGCCCCUUCCCAAGAAGUUCUUAAUCAUAAGGAGAAAUUUAGAGUUGUUAACUGUUUUACAAGAAAUACUGUUAAUGGAACAUAAAUAUACAUGCAAUAUUUUUUUUUACUGUACUCAGGUUUUAGUAAAAUUCAAAUGUAUAGAAGUGAAAAAGUAUUCACCUAUUGGAGGUACAAAAAAUUCUUAUAAUACAGCUUGAAAUUACUUGGUGACCAGGAAGUGAUAUAAUUUACUAAAAUUGUUUUUCUACCAUAUAAAAAGUAAGACUUUGCUAAUAGUAGAGUUGGGUCUACACUGAGUAUGUUAACUCACUUUUUAAGAAAUAAAGUUAAAGGGAAUGAUUGUGCACCUUUGGGUGUUAGUGUGGGAAGACGAAUCUAAGAAGUACUCCUAAUACUACUUUAUAUAAUACUGUAAAAUAUUUUCAUGAAAACCAUGAACUUUUCUGCCUUAGUUCUUUUGUCAUAAAAAGAAUGAUCUGGUUACUUGGUAGCUAUUACUCACAGAGCAAAAUUUCUCCAAUUAGCAUUCUAGACAUUUUAUAAAUUGCAAAAUCUUGGACCAAUUGAUAAUAUUUUUGACUGUAUUAACAUUUUAGUGCUAUAAAAUGCGUGACUCUUAAAAUUCUCACAUUCUGCAAUCUGUAUUAGACAUGCUGGUUUUAUAAUGUUUUACUUCUGCCUUAAGAUUUAGGUUUUUUAAAUGUAUUUUUGCCCUGAAUUAUGUGUUAAUUUGAUGGAAACUGCUUUUAAAAUCAUUCCUUACUGGGUUCUAAUAAAUUAAAGAUUAAACUUG